AUGACGGACGGACCAAGACAACGGAGCAGCACGGCGGGCUCUGCCAAGGAUGCGGCCGCUGAGAAGGAGUCUGGGGGAGUUGCGCUCAAGAAGGAGAUCGGACUCGUGAGCGCAUGUGGGAUUAUAGUUGGUAACAUCAUCGGCUCGGGUAUCUUCGUCAGUCCGAAGGGAGUGAUGGAGAACGCCAGCUCUGUGGGCGUGGCCCUGAUCGUCUGGAUCAUCACGGGCGUCAUCACCGCCAUCGGAGCGCUGUGCUACGCCGAGCUGGGCGUCACCAUUCCCAAAUCAGGGGGCGACUACUCCUACGUGAAGGACAUAUUCGGAGGCCUGGCUGGGUUCCUCCGGUUGUGGAUCGCCGUGCUGGUCAUCUAUCCCACCAACCAGGCUGUGAUCGCCCUGACGUUCUCCAACUACGUCCUCCAGCCUCUGUUCCCUACCUGCUUCCCACCGGAGAACGGCCUGAGGCUGCUGGCUGCCGUCUGUCUCUUGCUGCUGACCUGGGUGAACUGCUCCAGUGUGCGGUGGGCCACCAGAGUGCAGGACAUCUUUACGGCCGGCAAGCUGCUGGCCCUCGCCUUAAUCAUCAUCAUGGGAAUCGUUCAGAUCUGCAAGGGAGACUACUACUGGCUGGAGCCGGCCAAUGCCUUCGAGCCCUUCCAGGACUACGACGUGGGUUUGAUAGCCUUGGCGUUCCUACAAGGCUCGUUCGCCUAUGGAGGCUGGAAUUUCCUCAACUACGUCACAGAGGAGCUGGUAGAUCCCUACGUGAACCUUCCCCGUGCCAUCUUCAUCUCCAUCCCCCUUGUGACCUUCGUUUACGUCUUUGCCAACAUCGCCUACGUCACGGCCAUGAGUCCCCAGGAGCUGCUCGCCUCAAACGCCGUUGCCGUGACGUUUGGUGAGAAGCUGCUGGGAGUCAUGGCGUGGAUCAUGCCCAUCUCUGUGGCUCUCUCCACCUUCGGAGGAGUCAACGGUUCCCUCUUCACGUCCUCACGGUUGUUCUUUGCUGGGGCCAGAGAGGGACACCUCCCGAGCCUUCUGGCCAUGAUCCACGUGAAACGCUGCACCCCCAUCCCUGCUUUGCUCUUCACUUGCCUGUCCACUCUGCUUAUGCUGUGCACCAGCGACAUGUACACCCUCAUCAACUAUGUGGGCUUCAUCAACUACCUCUUUUAUGGAGUCACUGUCGCCGGGCAGAUCGUCCUGCGAAUUAAACAGCCCAACAUGCACCGGCCGAUCAAGAUCAGCCUGAUAUGGCCGGUCAUUUACCUCGUCUUCUGGGCCUUCCUGCUCAUCUUCUCCUUGUACUCGGAGCCCGUCGUGUGCGGCAUCGGGCUCGCCAUCAUGCUCACUGGAGUUCCUGUCUACUUCCUGGGGGUCUACUGGGAGAACAAACCGCAGUGCUUUGAUACCUUCGUUGACAAAAUGACGUACAUGGGCCAGAAGAUGUGCGUGGUUGUUUAUCCGGCCGAGACCGGUGGCAGCAGCGGAGGCGACGAGGAGGGCGAGGAGAUGAAGGAGGCGAAGUCUCCUCUCUCCGUGGAGGACGGAGACGACCACAAAGCACCGGAGUGUUGAAUCUGAGUUGUUGUUUUUUUUAUUAUUAUUUCUAGCUGGUCCCUUAAGAAAAAGAAAAGAGAAAGAAAAAUGCAGACAGAGACACCAACAUGGGUUCGCUCUACAAGUGCAGACACAAUCUGAUUGAUUUCUCCAAGUGUCUUUUUAAUCAGUAAUAAUCUGAACCAAAUAUCAACACUUCAGCCGGGUGAGGUCCAUCAGAAGUGCAAUAAAGACGGGUUAGCACCUUCCGGUUCCUCAGUCCUCACAUCAGCAUCGACAUUUUUAACCUUUUACGUUUUUUUAUUAUUAUUAUUAUUAUUUCCAGAGACUCUUACUGAACUGUGAUGGACGUUUGUCUUUUUGGUUUAUCCUUUGUCACUUUUGUAAAUUUCUCUUCGCGUCACAUUCAUCACAACAAAGCUGCAUUCUUGAUUUUCAACCACACAAAAAAUCCAGUUCAGAUCAUUUCGUGUUGUUUGAUUAUCGAUUUAUGGUUUACUUUUAAAGUGACUCAAUGAUGCCUCUUUUUUUUUUAAUAUUUGUUAAUAUCGCUCUUAAAAUUAUUCUUAUUGUCCAAUCAUCUUUGAUAUUUUCUACCAUCUAAACUUAAUUUAAUUUUUUUUGGUGUUCUGUUUCUCUAACGUUCAUCUCACCUCAUUUUUAUUCCUCCAACUGCAGAUUUAUCUUGAUUGUAAAGUCGAUGUGGAAUUGGUUGUUGUGACGGCAAAAAGUGCACAAAUUUUAUUACCUGCCUUAAUCAGAAUUACGUUAUUGUGCGCUUUAGUGCAAUUGUAGCUGUGUUUUGACAGAUGUGGAAAGAUUGUCAUAGCUUUUUUUUCUCUCUUUCAUCAAAAUGUCUACAUAAAAGUGACACUAAGCACAUAAAGUAUUUGUUUUUAUGUACCUGCAGAGAGAAGAAAGAAGUCAUAAUAAGUGCAAAUCACUCUGAAAGUGUUUUUUGUCGUUUACAUCUGUGUUUUAAUUCCCUUAAAUGCACAAAUGAGAGCUUUACACGUAAUUAUUGCUUUUCCAGCUCAGUCAGCUACAGGAAUCUUUUCGUAGCUAAGACUCCAGCAAAACCCAAAGCAUUCUCGCCAUCAAUGAUCUCCCAUAGAUUUCUCUGUUUAUCCAGUAUGCUGUAUUUUAAAGGAAACUACACCGCUGCACACACGGAGACUAAUUAUUCCGUUUGAUUUUUGUCUCAGGGCAUCUCCACAUACACUGCCAAAAGAAAAAAAAAAAGUUCACCAUGUCUGAAUUUAAUCCAGUUUAAUUAUGCUCUGAGCCUUUGCCUUUUAUUUAUUUUUUUAAAGAUUUUUGAUCCUACAAAAAUAUAGAAAGUGCUAAAAAAAAAUAAAAAAUGAGAUGAUAGAAUCAAAACGUUCGGUCAGUAGUGUAUAUGAUUUGAUCUUGUUAAACUGUAAGGGUUGCAGUGUUGCAGUCUUUUUACAACAGAGUGUAUUUUCAUUGUCCUGUACGGUUAUUGUACAUUUAUAGUAUAUGAAGUUGUCACAGACUGUAUCAUGAUGUCCCUUAGUAAUAAAAACCACUGAUUAAUGUUUGGACUUGUAGUUGAAGCUCGCUUCUUUAUACCUAGCCCACGUUGCUGUGGCAACCUUAUUAUUUGGUUUAAAUAUGUCACUUUGCUUCUUUAUUAAGUCAUGCCUCUAUUUUAAUGGCUGCACAUCAGCUUAUUAAUCUAAAUUAAUCUGUAGAAGGAUGGAGACAAAGAGUCAUACCUAUUUUCAAAUCUCAUCAUUUAAUUUCAUUCAUAAUCACACUUCCUUCACAUACACUGCAAAAACACAAAAUAUUAACAGGUAUUUUUGGUCUAGUUUCGAGUGCAAAUACCUUGGUACAUUUGAAACAAGACAAAACGAACUUACAAGUAACUUUCCAGCACAAUAUAUGAGCUUUUUAAAAGUAAUUUUAGUUUUUGUAGUGUAGUCUAAAUACUCAAAAAUACAGGGUAUUUAGUACAUACUCUUUAUGUUUUAAGUGUUUUGUUAACAGAUUUGACUCCACACAUUAUCUCAUGCAGAAAUGAGGCCUGAAAACAUUCCUUGCUCAAAAAGUCAAAUGCUGCAACUUUACUUGUUGAGACAAUCUAAAUGGUGCGAGCUGUAAACACAAAGAUAAAACCUCGUUUCUCCUCACCUCUGAGUAAUGCUGAUCGUUGCUCCCUGAUAAGCUGCAACCUUCAUUUCUGUGGAACAACACAAAGUGUCAGCGUGGCGCAAUAGUUACCAGCUUUUACAGACAGGCCGUUCUGUUGUUUCGAGUACAUCCUAUUACAUAGCACUGUGACAACAAUGUUAUUGCUCCGUAUGCAAAGUUCUCUAACUUUUGAUGUCUCUUGUCAUUUGCAGUCUGGCUUCCAUGGUGAAAAAUGUCUCUCAAAUAUUCCGUCUUAUAAUGUAAAAUGUACAUAACAGUGGUCAAUGUUUGACAAGAAUAAAAAAUAUACACAAGUGG